AUGGUUUUUGAAAAUGUGUUCUUUGACUCGCGUCGUGUUGUUGCUUUUGCGAAAGUGGCGAUUCAGGAGAUUGAUGCCACGUUUAUGCGCAUGGGCUCCAUUCAGAAUUCUUGGACGGACUUCCUUGUCACAAGACAUCUUGGCGUGAAGAGUCGUGAGACGCCUCCUCCUUCAAUGAUUGAGGUUCAUUGUUGGCCUCCAGUUUCAAGAUGGAUUAAAGUAAAUACCGAUGGUUCUGCCACGGGAGCUCCGGGUCUUAUCGCUGCUGGGGGCAUUUUUAGGGACAAGUGGGCUGCUAUCAAGGGUUGCUUUCAUAUUAAAGGCGGCGUGGGCUUUGCUUUUGAGGCGGAGCUCUUAGCCAUUAUCAUUGCCAUUAACAUAGCUCACAAACGCGAAGAAAAUAAAUCGGCGGAUAUUAUGGCGAAUGGGGAGCGCACUGAGGGUUGGUGGCCUCAUAUCAUUGAUGAUAUUAAGCUUGCUAUGGCGUUAGAUAUGGCUACGCACAACCAUAUUCGGAUUGUUAAAUAA